AUGCCCCUCGAAACCGGUCUUCAAGGCGCUCAUGUCCUCAUCACGGGCGGCACCCGUGGCAUGGGCCAAGCUAUGGUCCGCCGGUUUUUGCAGGAAGGCGCGCAUGUGUCUUAUUGCGCCCGCAAGGUGACAAACACCGAGUUCAAUGCGGUCCAUGAAUCCCUACCAGAGCAUAAUUCCGCUCGUGCCGUUGGGACAGCUGUGGACGUGGGAUCCAAGGAGGCAAUUGUGAAUUGGGUGAAGAGCUCAGCGGAGCGCAUGGGACGAAUCGACGUCCUCGUCGCCAAUGCAUCACCCAUGCACAUGGAAGGCGAAACAGAGCAUUGGCAGAAUAGCUUCGCCGUAGAUGUGAUGGGCUUCGUCGAGCUAGUCAAAGCAGCCGAGCCCUACCUGGAGCAAUCCCCGCAGGCCUCUGUCAUUGUCCAGAGCUCGUUUAUGGGUCGCGAGUUUUACCGCAGCCCUCCUGCUGCGUACGGCCCCAUGAAGGCAGCCCAGCUACAACAUGUGCAAGAAUUGUCUCAUUAUCUGGGACCCAAGGGCAUCCGCGUCAAUGCCAUCUCUCCAGGCCCGGUUCUGUGUGAAGGUGGCCCCUGGGAGCAAUACUCGCAGUCGGCGCCCGAGUGGGUGGAGGAACAGCGCCUCAAAAUUCCACUCAAACGUCUCGGGCAACCGGAGGAGAUCUCCAAUGUGGCGGUUUUCUUAGCGAGUCCUUUGGCGGGGUUCGUGAGUGGCACGAAUGUGUUGGUGGAUGGGGGGAUUCAUGUGGGAACACAGUUCUGA